AUUCAGUUUGAAGGAAAAAAAACAACCAGGAAGUUAAACAGAGGAGGAAACGUACUCGCUGUGUUGGAGCAUCAAACUCUCAAAUCUUUAAAAAGGUUUUUACAAAGGUUUCCAAUAACAGCGACAACUUUAAGUAAAGUUGGUCCAUCGGGUUGUAGUCAAAGGGCACUGUUUCCAACAAGAUGGACAAUGAUCCGGAGCGGGGAGGUGUAGCGGCAGCGCCGGAGCCACAGGACAAGGUGCAGACCUUAAGGGAUCAGGUAGAUGGAGUGAAAACCAUCAUGACGCAUAAUGUGGACCGGAUCCUGGCCCGAGGAGAGAGACUGGAUGACCUCAUGGGCAAGUCAGAGGACCUGCAAGCAGGGGCUCAGCACUUCAAGCAGACGUCCCAGAAAGUGGCUCGCACCUACUGGUGGAAGAACGUCAAGCUGGUCGUGGUCAUCAUUGUGGUCGUCCUCAUCAUCGUCCUCAUCAUCAUCCUGCUGGCCACCGGAGUCAUCCCUGUCAGUGCCCCUGUGCCUCCUAUAGUCACUCCCACCAAAAAGCCCUAAACACACCCACACACGAUGUAUAUACAGUCAUAAACAAACACAUUCUUAUUGCACAAUAUACAAAGUAAUAUAUAGACUCUAGCAGACAACUGCUGUCUGGUGAAACCCUUAUUAUUUCUGAGUUAGUUUCUACUGGUAGCUUUCAUGCUUCUGUUGGAAUUCAAGGACUUUGUGCUUUGGUUUAAGGAACUGUAAUGGCACAUUAGCUUUUGAAAUCCUUUCAAAACCCAAUUUCAGCAUAGCCAUUUUUUUGAAUUUGUGAGAAAUUAAAUGAAAGUGUCUGGAAGGUCUGAGGUCUUCACCUGACAGCAGCAAAAACACUGUCCCUGUUUUCAAAGGAUGCUUCAAACCACUACACCAGCGCCUCUUUGUUUAACUGUUUCACCAUCAACGGUUAAUUCAUCCUGGCAGAGACCACGUCACUUUAAUGUGUGUAGAUGGAAAUAAUGAGUGUGGAUUUCUCCAGUAUCAUCCCAGACAUGUUUGUGUUGAAUGUUAUCACUUAUUGCACCUUUGCAAAGGGCAGUGUGUAUAGUUUAUAAGAUGAAGAAUGCAGUUCCUAAAAGAAGUCAGGAAACAUGUUUUUGCUGAUAUUGGACAAAUGCACCUGACGCAAAUCUGUAACAAUUUUAGGUCACACUAUGUUUAAUGAAAGGCUGAAUUGUGUAUUGAAUAUAUAUGUUACCAGUUGUGGGCUUAUUCUUUCAAAGUGCUUCCAAUUUCUUUUGUAGUCGGACAAUCUAGGCAAAGUAAUCAUCUAUAGAAAUUAUUUUUAAAUUUGUCAAAUAGUUAAUUGAAUGUAAACACUCGGCACUGCUUUAGUUCUUAUAAAAGUAUUAUAAUUAGCUACUUACUGGUUUUGAGGGUUGAUGUUUGAAGAAAGGUUUGUGAUAUUACACGGUCAGAGUUUAAGAAACAGUUGCUUUGCACAAAAAUCACAUCAUAUAACAAAGUCCGAAAGUGUAUAUUUAAACAUCCAGUGUGUAGGAUUUAGGGGGAUAUAUUGGCAGAAAUGGAAUCCAGUAUUCAUAACUAUGGUUUAUGUCUAAUCACAUGAAACUAAAACUCCUUGUGUUUUCCUUACCUUAGAAUGAGCCUUUUAUAUCUACAUACAGAGCAGGUCCUCUUCAACAGAGGCUGUCAUGUUGUUCUGCAGUAGCCCAGAACAGAAAACCCAAACUCUGGUUCUAGAUAGGGCCAUUCGCAUUUUUGUGUCGGCCUGUGUAGUUUCUCCUACAAGCUUGGCAUGCAGGAGAAGUUUCAGUUGGCUGCAAUCUGCAGCAUCACCACUAGAUGUCAUGAAAUCCUACAUACUAGACCUUUAAAUGUACAGCAUUGAUUCAGGCCAUAAAAAUUAGCGGGACCUUAAGUUUGAAAAUGACACAGCAUUUGCAGUAAUGUAUUUUUUCUACUCAACAGAGAUGCGUUGUCUUUAGAUGGAAAGUUAACACAAAAUUGUAGAUUUGUACAUUUGUGCUCUGCAGUAUCCGCCUUUUUAAAAGAUCAUGUUUAUUUUCUCCUUUUACCUCUAGAAAUAUUGCAGUUUAAAUGUUUUGCUUUGGUACUUAGAUUCAAUAAACAGCCCACUGGGGUCAGCCGCCAAAGGUCUGUUCCCACAUUUGUAGUUUUGAGGAGAUCAGGCUCUUCCAGCCAACCAGCUGAGAGAGAUCCUUUACAGCCCCUCCAUGGUUCCCCUUGCUGGGUGCAUGUCAACCAAUAGGCCCCCACAGUCACAGCUUACAACGAGAAAAUCUUAUAGAAUACAAAUAAGCCUGUGGCAAAGAUCCUGUGUGUCGCUCCUCCCACCUCUUUCUGCUGUUACAGUACCAGUUUAGCUUUAAAGAGGUCAAAAUAAUCACCAUUAUGAGCUGUAAAUAGUCAACAUGGUCUCACCUUUAUGUAUAUUUGCAACAGCCUUGACCUAAUGUGUUAGUGGAAGGAUAUGUUCUUUUAGAGGCUAUUUAUUUAAUGCUUUGUCAUUCAUGUUCUCUUUUUUUAAUCAAAAAUGAACCAGUGAAAGCUGUAUGUGAUUUCUGUAUAAACAGGUAAUCCAGACUCAAUCUUAAAAUGGUUCGGUUCAGUCACUCUGUUCUUAAUCAUGUUUCAGCUGUCUGUAUAAAAAGGAGGCUGUGUUGGAACAAAUUCUUUAUUGUGUGUUUCUUACAUGGCUCUGGGGUGCAGUAAUCCAAACCUCUUUGCCUGUUCACACACUCAUACUGACCUGAUUCAUGCUGUUAGAGAUCACAUGCAUAUUUGUGUUCAUGCAGGCUGCAGCAGGUCUGUCAUUGUGUUAGAGGCCUUGUCCAGUGCCUUUAACUCUUGUCGUUUUGGAACCUUAAUCUUUAAACAGAUGUAAUGUCAGACUUCAGCUGACCUGUGAUGUACCUGGAUGCUUGAUUAGAAUUCUCAUGGUCUGAUUACUUAUGGUAUUUAAUGGUUUUAAUGGUCUGAUAUGAAAUAAAUAGUAUUUACCUCUG